GCCCCCGGCCCGGAAUUGGCACUUCCACUACUUUAUCUAAGCAGCGUCCCCGAAAUCACAGUCGCUAACAUGUCGUCGUCCCACCGAGAAAAUGGAGCCGAACAAGAACAGGGCAGAGCUGCGCUGGUCUGUCUGACCUGCAAGUCAGGCAAGCGACAGUGCGAUAAGCGACUUCCAAUCUGUUCUCGAUGCAGAAAACUAGACAAGCCAUGCGAAUACCCAACGGCCUCGCAACCGGGACCUGUUGCUCAGCCGAUCCAAUCAGGGUCAUUCAUGGAGAGGCUCUGGCCUGAUGCAUGUUUCCGGUGUAAGGUGCAUAAACGUGGAUGUGACCGCAUCAUUCCAAAGUGCUCCCGCUGUCUGAGGAUCCAGCUGUACAUACCGAGCGACGAACCCGCGGCCCACGGUCGUUGUCCCUGGUGAUACUGAAGCAGGCACCUAUAGAGCCCAACUAAGGAUGGAUUCCGCUCCAUUGGCACAGACAGAACUAGGAGUGGCGUUCGAACCUCCUGUGAGGUGUCGCUCCUAUAUGUUGCACUUAAUACAAUUCUG